AUGGUGUUGUCAAAUAUGCAUACGUUUCAUGAACAUUCAAACUGUGAUCAGGAACGUGAAAAUAACAAUAAUACUGUGAUUGACGAAAAAGAUGUUCAUAGAAUGCCACCAUCAAAAUAUGCUAAAUCUCAUCGAUUAUCGCCUGAUCACUAUCAUGAUGAUGACAGCAAUCAAUCAGAGAAGCGUGAAAACUCAAACUCAAGUCCACCUUUACCACAAAUGCCGUCACAACAUCAACUCUAUCUUUCUUCAGCAUUGAAUUUAAUCAACGAUUCUUCAUCAAGACAAUCUCCGUCCCCUCCAGAACAAAACAAUGUUAACAACCAAAUGAAUAUCGCUUUAGCUGCAAUGCAAAGUCAAAUUCCUUUAGGUCCAUUAUUUCUUCAAAAUCAGCUGGGAUUGAAUGCAUUUGGUAAUCACUCACAAGGCGAUUUUGGGCCAUUACAGCAAGCAUUGCAGGCACAACAAGCGUCGUUUCAUCAACAACUUCAAAAUUAUAUGCUGCUUCAUGCAAGUGCAAAUCCAGGAACAAAUUCUUCUCAAGCUCAAGCAGCAGCUCAAUUGUUUAUUCAAAGCCAAGUUCAACAAGCAAUGGCACAAGCUGCUCAACAACUCCAAGCUCUCCAAAAACAACAAGAAUUGAGUGCAAACAAAAUAAAUCGAUCAUUAGAUGAACAUAAUGCAAACAAAAGUCCACCUUAUAGUCCUCCAAAAAGUCCACCAAACCAUCAGAGUACACCGAGAACUGUUGUUGACAUUAACAAUCACAUAACUCCACCUAAUUCCAAUACACACUCAGUUAGUGGAAUUCUAACACCUUCGACUCCCAAUUCAGGUACUCAUCCACCACAACAGAAGCAUUCAACGAUGACAACUGCUGCUAGAACGAUGGAACCUUCACCAGAAGAAACCACCGACUUGGAAGAAUUAGAACAAUUCUCAAAGACAUUUAAGCAACGACGAAUCAAAUUGGGAUUUACACAAGGUGACGUCGGAUUAGCCAUGGGAAAACUCUACGGAAAUGAUUUCUCACAAACAACCAUAUCACGAUUUGAAGCAUUAAAUUUGAGCUUCAAGAACAUGUGCAAACUCAAACCUUUACUUCAAAAGUGGUUAUUGGAUGCUGACGGGAGUUUGAUGGGAAAUUCAGCAAUCUUUGGGAACAGUGGUUUGACAACUCAACUAACAACUCCUGAAACAAUUGGACGAAGACGAAAGAAACGAACAUCAAUAGAGACAAAUGUUCGUGUAUCUCUUGAAAGAGCAUUCAUCAUGAAUCCAAAACCAACAAGCGAAGAAAUAGCAAAUCUUGCAGAUAGUUUAGGCAUGGAAAAGGAAGUGGUUAGGGUUUGGUAUUGUAAUCGUCGACAGAAAGAAAAGCGUAUUAAUCCUAAUGAGUCGGAAAGUCCGACAGAAUCGUUGAACGGAAGUAGUUCGGGACUCUUUGGAAUGAAUUCUCUUUCACCUAAUUUCUCACCAUCUUCUUCAAAAUAUGAUUGA